AUGUCGUUCUCAAGGUUAAGUUUAUUUUCUCUCUCCAAUUUUCCUAUUUCAUUUCACUUUCUCUCAAAAUCCUUAACCCCUUUUUCCCACUCUCUGCAUCAUUUCACUCCCAACCAUAUCAUUCAUGACGACGUUUCAUCAUUCCAUACCUUGCUUCACAUGCAUCCUACCCCAUCCAUCAUUCAAUUCAACAAAAUUUUAGGGUUUCUUGCCAAGACUAAGAACCAUUACACCACUGUUAUUUCCCUUUCAAACCGACUAGAAUUCGAUGGAAUUACUCCGGAUAUUGCUACUUUGACCAUCUUGAUCAAUUGUUACUCCCAUCUAGGUCAAAUGAAUUUUGCAUUUUCUAUGUUGGGAAAGAUUCUGAAAAUGGGUUAUCAACCGACUACCAUUACCUUGAAUACACUUGUCAAUGGUAUGUGCCUUAACGGUAAGGUCAGUGAAGCUUUGCACUUUCAUGAUUAUGUGGUUGCGCGUGGAUUUCAUUUUGAUCAAGUUGGUUAUGGGUCUUUGAUUAAUGGGUUGUGUAAAAUGGGUGAAACAAGGGCUGCCAUGCAAAUGUUGAGAAAGAUUGAAGGGAAAUUGGUCAGGCUUAAUGAGGUAAUGUAUAACACAAUUAUUGAUGGUUUGUGUAAAGAUAAAUGUGUUAACGAUGCCUAUGACUUGUAUUUUGAAAUGAUUGCAAAGAGAAUUUCUCCUAAUGUUGUAACUUUCAGUUCUCUAAUCUAUGGAUUUUGUAUUGUUGGUCAAUUGAAACAAGCGUCUAGUCUUCUAAAUGAAAUGGUGUUGAAAAACAUCUACCCGAAUGUUUAUACUUUUAAUAUAUUGGUCGAUGCUCUUUGUAAGGAAGGAAAUGUGAAAGAAGCUAAGAAUCUAUUAGUUGUGAUGAUGAAAGAAGGUGUAAUACCUAAUAUUGUUGCUUACAAUUCAUUAAUGGAUGGGUAUUGUCUAGUUAAGGAAGUGAAUAAGGCCGAACAUGUGUUGAGAACUAUUUCCCGAAUGGGAGUGACACCUAAUGCUUGCAGCUAUAAUAUCAUGAUUAAUGGAUUUUGUAAGAUGAAAAUGGUCAAUGAAGCCUUGAGUCUCUUUAAUGAAAUGUGUUGCAAAGGAAUUGCUCCUGACACGGUGACUUACAGUUCUCUUAUUGAUGGUUUGUGCAAAUCAGGGAGAAUCUCACAUGCUUGGAAGCUUGUUGAUGAGAUGCAUCAUAAUGGUCAACCGGCUGAUAUAAUCACUUACAAUUCUUUAAUAAACGCUUUAUUCAAAAACCAUCUUGUUGACAAGGCUAUUGCAUUAGUCAAAAAAAUCAAAGACCAUGGCAUUGUACCAAAUAUGUCCACGUACAAUAUACUUAUCGACGGACUAUGCAAAGGGGGACUACUUAAAAAUGCACAUAAUAUUUUUAAGGAUCUUUUGACUAAGGGUUAUAGUCUAAAUAUCCAAACAUAUAAUAUUAUGAUCAAUGGAUUUUCUAAAGAGGGUUUGUUUGAUGAAUCAGAGGCCUUGUUGUCAACAAUGGAGGACAAUGGUAUCAUUCCUGAUGCUGUAACAUAUCAAACUAUCAUCCGAGCUCUCUUUCAUAAAGAUAAGAAUGAAAAGGCGGAGAAACUUCUCUGUGAAAUGAUUGCAAGAGGUCUACUAUAA